CAGCCGUUGCGGCAAAGAGGCCGCCCGCGAGCCUGCCCGCCAGCCCACAAUGCCGUCCACGCCGUUGCCGCCCAAGGAGAGCAACCUCUUCAAGCGGAUCCUGAAAUGUUAUGAACAAAAACAAUACAAAAAUGGACUCAAAUUCUGUAAAAUGAUCCUCUCCAAUCCAAAGUUCGCUGAACAUGGAGAGACAUUGGCUAUGAAAGGGCUUACCUUGAAUUGUUUGGGAAAGAAAGAAGAAGCAUAUGAAUUCGUUCGUAAAGGGCUUCGUAAUGAUGUUAAAAGUCAUGUGUGUUGGCAUGUCUAUGGACUCUUGCAGCGCUCGGAUAAAAAAUACGAUGAAGCUAUUAAAUGCUAUCGAAAUGCUCUCAAGUUAGAUAAAGACAAUCUACAAAUCCUAAGAGAUCUCUCACUGUUGCAGAUCCAAAUGAGAGAUCUUGAGGGAUACAGAGAGACCAGAUAUCAGCUACUCCAACUGCGGCCCACUCAGAGGGCUUCAUGGAUUGGAUAUGCAAUUGCAUAUCAUUUGUUAAAAGAUUAUGAUAUGGCUUUAAAACUACUGGAAGAAUUUAGAAAAACGCAACAGAUUCCUCCUAAUAAAAUAGACUAUGAGUAUAGUGAAUUAAUAUUGUACCAGAAUCAAGUGAUGAGAGAGGCAGAUCUGUGUCAAGAAUCUUUGGAACAUGUAGAAACUUAUGAGAGACAAAUAUGUGAUAAGCUCAUGGUAGACGAAAUCAAAGGAGAAGUGUUGUUGAAGUUGGGAAGACUAAAAGAAGCUUCUGAAGUAUACAAGGAGCUCAUUGAUCGGAAUGCAGAAAAUUGGUAUUACUAUGAAGGCAUGGAAAAAGCUCUACAGCCACACUCUUUAGAAGAGAGACUGGAAGUAUAUGAAGAAAUAAGCAAGCGGCACCCAAGAGCGGUUUCACCCAGAAGGUUACCUUUAAACUUUGUCACAGGUGAAAAAUUUAGAGAACUAAUGGAUAAGUUCCUGAGGGUUAACUUCAGUAAAGGCUGCCCACCCUUGUUUACUACUUUGAAAUCUUUAUAUUACAAUACAGAAAAGGUUUCUACAAUCCAAGAGCUUGUUACUGGUUAUGAGGCUUCUUUGAAAACAUGUGACUUGUUUAGUCCAUAUGAAAAUGGAGAGCGAGAGCCCCCAACAACGCUGCUUUGGGUUCGUUAUUUCCUUGCACAGCACUUCGACAAACUUGGUCAGUUUUCUUUGGCCCUGGAUUACAUUAAUUCUGCAGUAGCAAGUACUCCAACGCUAAUAGAGUUGUUCUAUUUAAAAGCAAAAAUUUACAAGCAUGUAGGCAACCUCAAGGAGGCAGCCAAAUGGAUGGAUGAAGCACAGUCGUUGGAUACAGCUGACAGAUUCAUCAAUUCCAAAUGUGCAAAGUAUAUGCUACGAGCAAAUAUGGUGAAGGACGCAGAGGAAAUGUGUUCCAAGUUUACAAGGGAAGGGACUUCUGCAAUGGAGAAUCUCAAUGAAAUGCAGUGCAUGUGGUUCCAGACGGAAUGUGCUUUAGCUUUUCAGAGAUUAGGGAAAUAUGGAGAUGCGUUGAAAAAGUGCCAUGAAGUGGAGAGGCACUUUUUUGAGAUAACGGAUGAUCAGUUUGACUUCCACACAUAUUGCAUGAGAAAGAUGACACUACGUGCCUAUGUUGACCUCUUGAGACUGGAAGACAUUCUCAGGAAACAUGCCUUCUACUUCAAGGCUGCUCGGUCAGCAAUUGAGAUCUACUUGACUCUGCAUGAUAAUCCACUCGCCAAUGAAAGCAAAGAACAAGAAGUAAAUUCAGAAAACCUUUCCGCCAAAGAACUUAAGAAAAUGCUUAGUAAGCAAAGACGAGCACAGAAAAAGGCUAAACUUGAAGAAGAGCGAAAACAUGCAGAAAGAGAGAGGCAGCAGAAGAAUCAAAAGAAGAAACGAGAUGAGGAAGAGGAGGAAACUAGUGGUCCCAAGGAAGAAUUAGUUCCUGAAAAACUGGAAAGGGUUGAUAAUCCAUUAGAGGAAGCUAUUAAGUUUCUUAUACCACUUAAGAAUCUUGUGGCAGAUAACAUAGACACGCAUCUGUUAGCAUUUGAAAUAUAUUUUAGAAAAGGAAAGUUUCUGUUAAUGUUGCAGUCGGUUAAAAGAGCUUUUGCGAUCGAUGGUAAUAACCCAUGGCUCCAUGAAUGUUUGAUUAAAUUCUCCAAGUGUGUGACCGAUCAUAGUAAUUUGCCAGAAAUUGUGAACAAAGUCCUCACCCAAGAAAUGCAGAAGAUUUUUAUAAGUAAAGAUUUGGAAAGUUUUAAUGAAGAAUUUCUCAAACGCAAUUCUACCUCCAUACAGCAUCUGCUAUCAGGUGCCAAGAUGAUGUAUUUCCUGGACAGUUCAAGACAAGAGAAAGCUAUUACUAUUGCUACUAGACUAGAUGAAACUAUGAGAGACAAAAAUGUGAAGACCUUAACAACAGUUUUGGAAUCCUUACUUGAUGGCAGCUUUGGAACAUGCCACACCCAGAGCGAUGAGUAUCGGAUAACCUGCAACAAACUGUUUCCUUUAGCAUCUGCCUUUAUGACUCCCACAAAUGAAGAUGAUGGUUGCUUUGCAUCACUGAAUCAUACAACCAUUAAUCAUGAUGUGCUGUCCAAUGAAAUUUAAAGUACGAUAGAUCUUUUUAUCUCUUCCAGACUGGUUGCAUACAGAUCAGGGUUUCUUCUGCAGAAUCUGCAGAAGUUUCUUCUGCAAAUCUGCAUUGGAACAAUUCAGAUUUCAAGCAGAGGCAAUUGAAUGAAAUGUACUGGGCUAUAAGCUCAUUUUCCCUCAACAAAAGCUGCCAAUAUUUAUGUAAACACUUAUCUCUGAGUAAUACUGGCCAUGUUUAUACUUGUACAGUUAUGAAUCUUUUUAUCCUAAAUCAUGGACUCUAGAUUGACCAUUCACAAAAAUGUUGUUACAUAUACAAAUAAAUACAGUCAUUUCUUAAACAUAUCAGAUGAAAAAAAGUUGGCAAACUAAGAUGAAUAUAAUGCUUUAUGACUUGUCAAUUCUUUUCAGCUCUUUUCCCCCCCUUUUCUUUCAAAGCACAAAUCCUAAUAAGUGGCAGCGGCAACGGCGGCGGUGGUAAUUUUCUGUCAAUUCAAAUUGUAUGGAAACAGUGCUGAUUAAUUUGGAGGGCUUGUUUGCGUUUUUAAAUUGGUAUAUUAUUUUGAAAGCUAUAACCUACUUUUCCCCAUAACUGUCAGUUUGAACAGUUUAUUAAACACUUUAAAACCAAUGAACACCCACAGUAACUGUUUAGAUACUUGUUUCUUUACAGUGUACCCAUUUUGAAACAUCAUUCCACUUUUUAAAAGGUGGCAGGGGCGGAGGAGAAGUGACAGCGAAUAUAGUCCAGUAAAGAUAAUUGUAUUAUGAUGCUGAGCUCCUUUAAAACUUGCAAGAAGUGAACUUUAAUUCCACAUUUAUUGAAUUGUUGUUGCUUUAUGAGCUAUAAGGCAAUUAGCAUUUAAGACGUACUUUUAAAAAAAAUUAAAGUGAGCACAACUAGUCUAACUACAAAUCACAAUUAUUAUUUUUCCUUUAUAUUUCGAUGCAUUAACCUGAAUGCUUUAUACAUACAACAUUUCAACAUUUUAAUUCAACUGUCUUAAACAUCUUACUUCAGGACAUAAAUGGCUAUUAAUGAUGACUUUAUAUAAACUGCUGUCAAAACUUAAAAUACACUGUGGCUUGUACAGAAAAUUCAUUUUCUGAAAAAUAAUGGAACCAGAUUGUUUUCAUUUUAUGGUUAAUGUAAAUAUUUAAGUAAUAUUACUUAGGCCCUAUGCAAAAUUCAAGAAGGGAAGUUUUAUCAAGAGAAAUGGUUAUCAUUGAGACAGUCUCCUUUGUCAUCAGAUAAGGAUCAAUAGUUGAAUGAAAACUCACUGUAAAAUAAUGCCAACGGAUGUAAUGCUGUAAUAAAUUAUUUUGUACACAUUGGUCUAGUUUUGUG